AUGGCUCCAGUCAACUUGUCUCAUCGAAGGACGCAUAAUUUGCUUCUGAUCUCGAAGCUAUUGAGCCUAAGGGAUACGGCCUCCCCGCUCACGCUCCUGCAGGAUUCAUUGGAGCAACCCGCCACACCCCUCAUCAAGGAGUAUAUUAGGCGCGCUAAGCUCUCCAAGGUGCAUGUCACCUUCGUUGCAUUUGAAACAUUGAAGAAACCGGAUGGAGUCGAUGCAUUUGUAUCAACCCGUCGAAAGAGUCCAGCCGAAAUUGCCAAGGAGGUUGCAUCAGUUUAUCAGCCUGCCGCAGCGACGGGGCCAACACGGCGCCGUCUUAUUAUAAUCGAUGCGAUCAACCCUCUCCUAAGCUCGAGGAGAUUGGACCCUGGGUUCCACCUCCCAUCUUUCCUCGGCUCCUUUAUCGCACCUUCAGGUCCAUCGGCUGGCAAGGCUGAAGCUUCGCUGGUGGUGACAUAUCACCAAGAUGUCCCUGCCCUGCCUCAGCAGAAUCCGUACUCAUCACCGCCGUUGUCAGUCUUGACCUAUCUUGCGACAAGUAUUAUCACCCUUCAUUCAUUCUCCCACAUCCUAGCUCAAAAGGCCGCCCGUGAUCGCAGUUUGGCUGCUCCGGUAUUCGGCCUCGAGGAAGAACAAGACGGUGUCCUUCUUGGCCGACUGGAUAAGCUGGCUGGCACCGGCGCCGCAGAGGGUAUCGUGCUGGAGCUUGAGCACCGGCGCAAGAGUGGGCGUGGAGUUUUGGAAUGGUAUCUCCUCCCCCCUGCAUCGAGGUAUUCUCCUCAGUACGUGAAAGAGGUCGUUACAUUACUGGAUGACAAUAUCCUGUACAAUCCUCCUAUGGAACCGGAUACAAACCCCGAUGAUGACGAACCCAAGUCGACAUUCGAGCUGGGUCUAACAGACCGACAGAGGCGGGACAGAGAGGGUGUCGUCUUGCCAUAUUUUGAUGCUCAGCAUGGAGACGGUCCUGGUGAAGGAGGUCGGAUUCUCUACGACAUGGGUGAAGAAGACGACUUUGACGAGGAAGAAGAUGAGAUCUAG